UACACUGUGGUCCCCCCACCUCCAUCCAGUCCCCCUAUCCCUAAAGACUCCAGUUGGGAGCUCAGCCCUCUCUCUACCAUAGGCACAUGCUAAUGCCCCUGAGUGGGUUCCUCUGGUGGUGGUGGUGGUGCUGCUGCUGGUACUGCUGUGGAGGGUAUUACCAGGCUCCCCAGAUGUUGCGCCACCAGGGUCUCCUCAAGUGCCGAUGUCGCAUGCUUUUCAAUGACCUGAAGGUCUUCUUGCUUCGGCGCCCACCGCCGACCCCGCUGCCCAUGCACGGUGACCCCCAGCCCCCUGGCUUGGCAGCCAACAACAACACCCUCCCAGCCCUGGGUGCUGGUGGAUGGGUAGGCUGGAGAGGUCCUCGAGAGGGGACCAAUGGGGAGAUCCCUCCUCUGCCACCUCCACCACCCUUGCCACCCUCCUCUGCAGAGGACGACUGGGAUGGCCAGGUUGUGGAGCCACCUGCCUCCCUGCUCAGCAGCACCUCCUCAGAUGACUUCUGUAAAGGGAAGGCUGAGGACCGCUAUUCACUUGGCAGCAGCCUGGACAGUGGCAUGAGGACCCCCCUCUGCAGGAUCUGCUUCCAGGGCCCUGAACAGGGGGAGCUGCUGAGUCCCUGUCGCUGCGACGGGUCAGUCAAGUGCACACACCAGCCCUGCCUGAUAAAGUGGAUCAGCGAGAGGGGCUGCUGGAGCUGUGAAUUGUGUUACUACAAGUACCACGUCAUUGCCAUAAGCACAAAGAAUCCUCUGCAGUGGCAGGCCAUUUCUCUGACGGUCAUUGAGAAAGUCCAGAUUGCAGCAGCCAUCCUGGGUUCUCUCUUCCUCAUUGCCAGCAUCUCUUGGCUCAUCUGGUCCACCUUCAGUCCCUCGGCCAAAUGGCAGCGCCAGGACCUCCUAUUCCAGAUCUGCUAUGGGAUGUAUGGCUUCAUGGACGUGGUGUGCAUAGGCUUGAUCAUCCACGAGGGGCCAUCUGUGUACCGGAUCUUUAAACGCUGGCAGGCUGUGAACCAGCAAUGGAAAGUGCUGAACUAUGACAAGACAAAGGACAUCGAGGACCAGAAGGCCGGCGGCAGGACAAACCCCAGGACCUCCUCAUCCACACAGGCCGACGCCGCUGCCUCCUCAGAAGAGGAGGCUGUGGGCAACCCUGCCCAGGGCGAUGGUGGCGGUGGCGGAGGGAACCGGCCCCCCAGUCACCCCUCUGGCCCUCUGGCCGAUCACCACUGUGCUUACACCAUCCUGCACAUCUUGAGUCACCUGAGACCUCACGAGCAGCGCAGCCCCUCUGGUGGCAACCGAGAGCUUGUCAUGAGGGUCACCACGGUCUGAGAGCAGGAAGCGGGAGGGAGGCCUUAACCUUGAGAGCCUGGGAGCCCGAGACCAGCUGGAGGGAAGGAGAGGGAGCAGAGGUGGACACACGUGGGCACGCAUCACCAGAGGGGCGGGAGAGCAGGCUGGAGAGGGUGCGGGAUGAGGAGAGGCUGGGGGAGUGGGGAGAAGAAGGCAGGAUGCCUUCAUAGGAGUCCUCCAAGGCAUCAGCCUGGUCUGGUCCUAGGUCAGAUGGCAAGAAGGAGCCCUCUGGGCAUUUGGU